UAGACCGUUGUAUGAUUCAUGGAGUUUCUUUUAUUUACAUCGGCUGAUGAAAAUAAGAAAACGUAACAAGAAUGGCUACACCUUCUCAAAUGGAGUUUGCUGUACAGAUGACGUGCAAUAGUUGUGUAGAAGCCAUCCAAAAAUCUCUUGAUGGGAUAGAAGGUAUCCAGGGAGUUGAUAUCAAUCUCUCUAAGGAGCAAGUGGUUGUUACUACAGUUCUGCCUACAAGCAGAGUUAUAGAGCUGUUAGAGUCAACGGGUCGUAGAGCUGUCUUAAAGGGUCAGGGGUCAAAUGAGACAGGUGCACACUUGGGAGCAGCUGUAGCUAUGCUUGAGACAGGAGAUCCUGUGAAAGGAGUGGUUAGAUUGCUGCAGGUAGCUCAGGAGACCUGUAUCAUUGAUGGUACCAUUGAUGGGCUCUCACCUGGUGAACAUUCUCUCCGCGUCCAUCAAUAUGGGGAUAUCUCGGAUGGAUGUGCAAGUUGUGGCAACGUAUUUGAUGCAAGAGGUUUCCUUCAUGGGGAAAAAGCUGGAAAGGAAAAGGCAGCAGGAGAUCUUGGCGUGAUUGUCGCUGGAGACAAUGGCAGAUCAACGUUCAGAAUGGAAAAUGGUCAAGUCAAGGUUUGGGAUGUCAUUGGUCGAUCCAUGGUUGUUGGAGCAGGUUCUGAUGUCACAGCAGAAAUUGGAGCUAAAUUUGGUCUUGGGAUUGCAUGUGGAAUCAUUGCUCGAUCAGCAGGAUUGUUUGAGAAUACCAAGAAGAUCUGUGCAUGUGACGGCAUCACACUGUGGGAUGAGAGAAAUGUACCCAUUGCUGGUAAGGAGAGGAGCGAGUACGCAAGGAAAAAAGCUGGGAAACUCUAGCUCAUCGGUCAUUAAUUGUUUGUAUUUGUUAACAAAGUUAUUGCUCAGGUAGAGACUGUCGAAGUAUAAGAUAAAUGAUGUAUCAAAUAGGGGAUAAUAUGUGAUAUGCACUGAAUACGCUUUCUGUCUAUGAGCCUGCGAGUCCUUUGUCAGCCUUUGAAGGUAUCAGUUUGUCAGUUUCUUUUCAAAUAUGACUGGAAUAUCUCUCAGUUUGGGUUAUUCAAAUAAACUUCUGCAAUUCACUUCCGUUAAGUAACUCUGCCGGUGAACUCACUCAGAAGAUUCAUCUCGUCUCAGUACUCAGUACUGAUCCAUUCACAUUCACUUCCUAGAGUAAUAAGGUGACACGGCACAAAGGGGUCAAAUUGGUAUCCCUUUUAUCCACAAAUCUAAUCAAUUUGAUAACUUUCACUCAAAUUUUAAGCAGCUUCUCUCUCUCUACUACUUUCUCGAAAGAAGUUCAAAUGUCCGCUUCCGAUAUUAAACACAAUUUAGAAAUUGGCCUCACAAGCACGCUAUUCCUUGUCUUAAUCUCCAACCUACGGAUGAAACCCAUUUUGUCAGGCUGGGUUUUCAUUUUCCAUUCGUCCCUUGCCAUUGUGUUGUCGCUGAAGGUCGUUCCCACCCCUCAGCGAAUCUUGUUUUCCCCUUUUACCGUCGCUUUACCGUCGCUUUGCCGCCAAAAUUUUGUAAUUUUCAAGUUGCAAUUGUGCAAAUAUUAGUCGCAUAGGACACAUGUACAUGUAUGUAUCCUCCAUUUAAUAUCAGAUUUGCACAACUCCCAUUAAAUUGUGUUUGUCAGGUGUAGUGGAAAAGUCAGUUACAAUAAUGUUCUUUAUUUAAAUCAUAUUUAUGCUCAUGUGCAAUUUUCUAUUUUGAAUACCUUUAUAUACAUGUGAUGUAUUCAAUAUUCUAGAAAGUCAGUUUUGAACUCAGAAAUAGGUAUAAAGCUAUGGAAUAUAAUUCAGUGGAUGCUUGUAUUUGUUUGUGAUUGAUUACUUUUUUUUUCAUUCCCUUUUGAUGUGCAAGGUUAUGAAAGGGUCUUAGUAUCUUCGACGUGUACGUGCUACAUUUCUGUCCUAUUUUGUAUGUUUGAACUCUUUAAAAAAAAAUUGUAUUUAAUAUCAGUCAUUUUUUAAUGAAACAACAUUAGUUGUUUUGCUAAAAUAAUUAUUGAGUAUGUCACUCCUAAAACUCAUUUAAAGGA